UCUCUGCGCCCGCCUCCCGUCCUCCCUCGCUCUCUCCCCUCCCCAGCACUGCAGCAUUUGCCGACUGCAGCUCCAGCCGCCGCCCGCGCCUCCUCGGCCUCCGCAGCCUCCGCCGCCGCCAGCACCAUGGCCAGCACCUUGUCCGCCUACAAGGAGAAGAUGAAGGAGUUGUCAGUGCUGUCGCUCAUCUGCUCCUGUUUCUACUCACAGCCGCACCCCAACACCAUCUACCAGUAUGGGGACAUGGAGGUGAAGCAGUUGGACAAGAGGGCCUCUGGCCAGAGCUUCGAGGUCAUCCUCAAGUCCCCUUCUGACCUGUCCCCUGAGAGCCCAGUGCUCUCCUCUCCCCCCAAGAGGAAGGACACCUCCCUGGAGGGGCUGCAGAAGCGGCUGGAGGCAGCUGAGGAACGGAGGAAGACGCAGGAGGCGCAGGUGCUAAAGCAGCUGGCCGAGCGGCGCGAGCACGAGCGCGAGGUGCUGCACAAGGCGCUGGAGGAGAACAACAACUUCAGUCGUCUGGCGGAGGAGAAGCUCAACUACAAGAUGGAGCUCAGCAAGGAAAUCCGCGAGGCGCACCUGGCGGCGCUGCGCGAGCGGCUGCGCGAGAAGGAGCUGCACGCAGCUGAAGUGCGCAGGAACAAGGAGCAGCGAGAGGAGAUGUCCGGCUAAGGGGCUGCGGACCAGAGGCGCCUGGACCCUGAGAGGAGACGUCUACACACGCGGGUUCUGGUUUCGUCUUGUCCCACUUUGUCUAGAUGCAACUUUGGUUCCUGCCCCCUCCCCACCCUGCACUCCUAGCUCAUGCUUCUCUUUCCGCUCUGAGCUGUCCAGUCCUUGUGGCCUGUCACUCUCCACAGGCUCUCCCUCAAGGAGCCACCAGAACAUGGCACACAGUCCCUCAGUUCAGGCACCAGGCCGGGCAGUGGCUGGGUCCCCUCUUGGUGGCCCUCUUAGCAGACGUGGUGGCAGCCUCAAUAAAUCCAGUGGUGGUAGCAGGAA